ACACACUCUAAUUUGUGAGAGCUGGCUCUGUGCAGUUUCAUUGUUUGAAUUUGUUGAAGUAGACACUAAGACUGUUCCUCAUGUCAAAGCCAUACGCUGCAAUAGUAGGAGGUGCUGCUGGAGUGGCACUUGUUGCAAUAUUCAUCAUAUUGUGGUUCUGCAAGUCACACUGUAAGAACUUUUCAAACAAAAACUCAGAAACAGGUUCUUCAGAUCCAUAUGCAGUAGUGGAGUGGAAUAGGGGAGGUCAAUGCAGUUCAGCACCUGGCCGUCCUCUAUUUGGGUCACAAGGGGCUAGAGCAUUCACAAUGGAUGAGUUGGAGCAAGCUACCAAGCAAUUUAGUGAAAGCAAUCUCAUCGGAUAUGGAAGUUUUGGGUCAGUAUAUAAAGGUUUGCUUCAAGAUACUACAGUGGCAAUAAAAAGGCGUCCCAGUGCUCCUCGAGAGGACUUUGUUGCAGAGGUAUUCUAUUUGUCAGAAAUUAGACAUCGUAAUUUAGUUUCACUUCUAGGCUACUGCCAGGAAAGAGAUUCACAAAUGUUGGUAUUUGAAUAUGUACCCAAUGACAGUAUUGGCAACCAUUUAUAUGGUUUGACGUCAUCAACCAAACUAGAGUUCAAGCAGAGGCUGUCCAUAGCCCUGGGAGCAGCUAAAGGUCUGUGCCAUUUGCAUGGCCUAAACCCCCCCUUGGUACACAAGAACUUCAAAACAACUAACGUCUUGGUUGAUGAGAACUUCCUUGUAAAAGUAGCAGAUGCAGGGAUCUCAAAACUUCUUGAAAAGAUAGAAGAAGCAGGACCAUCUUACACAUCUGGUGUAAAUGUUUUCUGGGAUCCAGAAACAGGAGUAUCGGGGACCUUCACUGAAAUGAGUGACGUUUACAGCUUUGGGGUGUUCCUUUUGGAGCUUAUAACUGGACAGGAGGCAAUACAUCUCGGCUUCUUAGGAUAUGAUGAAGGCUUAAUUCAGUGGGUGGCUUCUCGGCUGAACUCAAACAAUUUUGUGGACCGUAGACUUUUGGGGAGUUUCACUGAAGAUGGGAUUAGGGAUUUGAUCAGGUUGACACUGCAAUGCAUGAGCUUUCCAAGAAUAGGAAGACCAAAGAUGGAAAUGAUUGUGGUCGAACUUGAGCGGAUUCAUGAGAAAGAGAUGGCACUAACAACCGUCACGGGCGACGGCACUGCUACAUUUAUUAAAGGUAGCGAACUAUUUACUUCAAAAUGAAACCAAAUUUACGAAAUAGUUGGCAUCUGUUAUGUAUGUGCCAAAUUUAAGCUCAAUGGUACCAGCAACAAACAACAAUUGAGAGGGAGUGAGAGAAAGGUCUUUUAUAACUGCAAAGGGAUUUAAGUCAAGUAUGUGCAAGCAUGUGUAAGUAUGAACGUGUUUCUAGUUAUGCAAGAUAAUAGUGUUUUAGAGAAGCAUGUAUCUAUCAAUUAUCUAUUAUUCAAAUUUGAUAGUAUUGUCAUUCAGGAGGUUGAAA